AAUUGCAGGUGAAGUGAUUUUUCUAUUUUUUACUUCAGCAUGGAAUUCCUUUCACAAAGAUUUUGUUAAAUUGUUAUGAUUGUAAAAUAAAAAUACGAUAAAUAAAAAAUGUAAAUUUAAUCAACGAAUGAAUAAAUAGUGUAAAUAAUUGUCUUUUAAUAAAAAAAACUUAAAACUACGUGUUCUUUCAUCCAAACACUUCUGUGCUGCAACCAGUUGAACUUUGACUCAAAAAAAAAAAUUGAAAUAUUUGUUGAACUCGUCACUUUCACUUUGUAAAGCACAGAGCACAAAAUUACAGCAGCUGUAGUAAAAAAAAGAAAUACUCGGUCAAAGUGUACAACAAACAAGUCUUGUAAAAUGGCCACGAAAAGAAAACCCAUACGUCCCAAUAUUUAUACGGGGCCACAAAUGAAUUUCCGCGGUGGUCCCGAUAUAUCAAGAGGUGAAGCCAAAGGUACACGUCCCACAGCACCACCAACGAGCAUUAGGGAAAUAAUGGUCAUGAUGAUAAUGCAUAUUUGUAAAAAGACCAUCUUCUUCGAUACCAAUCUUAAGGUGGCUCUUUAUUUGGGUAGUUUGUUUUUAAUAUCAUUGAUUGGCGAUUUUAUACCUUUUCCGAAAACAUACUUUGCCCGAUCUGAUAAUCUCUUCAAUGUAUAUUUUGUAAAAGUUGGUUGGGGCUGGACAUUGUUGUUUAUGGUUCCUUUUGUGGUGAUGACUUCGUAUACAUUGUGCUGCGGUGACAUGAAGAAAUUAUUGCGUCAUCAUGCUCCACGUAUUGCAAUAGCCACUUUCUUUUGGUUCUUCUGGACAAAAGUAUUCAAUGUAAUUGAGACUUCAUAUGGAAAAUGUACCAAUAAAGGUUUUUCUACCAAGUCAAGUUGUCUCCGAGCUGGCCACUUAUGGAAUGGUUUCGAUAUAUCUGGUCAUGCUUUUAUUCUUAUACACUCGAGUCUGGUACUAAUCGAGGAAGCUAGACCCAUCAUUAAAUGGGAAACAAUCAAAGAACAUUUGCGCAACGAACUUCAUGAUCGUUCCAUAUCCGAAACAUCGAGCACAAAUCCUCUAAGGAAUCUAAACGACGAACAAAUGCGAAAUUUAAAAUUUCUAUAUGAACGUUUAACACCGAUAAUUCGUACAUUAUUUAUUGGCAUGGCCGCCUUGCAAUUGUUAUGGGAUGUAAUGUUGGUCGGUACAAUGCUUUACUAUCAUCGUAUGAUUGAGAAAUUUAUCAGUGGCAUUAUUGCAAUUUUCACCUGGUAUUUUACUUAUCGGUUUUGGUAUCGAUCUACAGUAUUGCCGGAUCCAGCUGGAAGUGGUUCAUUUUUCUACCAAAAGGACUGCAAGGAUGCAUUUGUAUUUAAGCGACAAAAUAGUAUGACGUCAACACCAGCCAAUAUACCAUCAAGUAGUGGUGGUUUUAGAAGUGCUGCAAGUGGCAGCAGUCAGUCACAAGUACCUAAAUUUAUGGGUAUGCCAAUUUACACUAGUCCCAAAGCAUCGGGUUCUCAAAUUACCAGCUCAAAUAAUGGUAAUGGCAAUGGUAAUGAUAGAUAGAUCAUAAUGUUGUUGAUCAGUAAAGGCGAUUAUGAAAUUACAUGUUAUGUGUUGGGUAAUAAAGUUUAAGGUGUUAAUUUUUUUAUAUACCAAAUUAUAAAUA